AUGGUAAAUAGUCAACAGUGGUAUUUUGCCUAUGGCUCCAAUAUGCUUUCGGAUGUCUUCAUCACGCGCCGCAAGAUUCAACCUUUGAGGUCCGAAGUCGCUAGGAUUGAAACACACACACUCUCCUUCAACAUCAUGGGCAUUCCAUAUACGGAUCCUGCCAUGGGAGGCUUGCGCGUGGCCGAAAACCAAGAUCUGCCCGCUUAUGGCGUUGCGUACCUAUUGUCCCCGGACGAUAUGAAACGGGUGAUUGUGAGCGAAGGAGGCGGAAUCGCCUACAAGACUGAGGUCUUUCGAGCCACGUUGCAAAAAGAUGGCUCCGAAGUGAAUGUUACCUCGUUGCUGGGAAGACACAGCAUCCCACGAAGCUACGAAAGACUUCCUUCAAGUCGAUACACGGACCUGUUGAUUCGAGGUGCUAGUGAACAUGCCCUCCCAGACUCAUACCAGAAGAGACUUUUGUCUCAGCUAGGAUUUGGGGAAGAGGUGAUGGAUUAG